AUGUUUCUCUUCAUUCCGCUAAUAUGCGGCGCUCAAAACUUUGAUUCCAACUAUGACAGCAACCCUGCUCACCAAGGUCUGUAUUGUCCCAAAUGCCAUAAUUUCAGCGUGGCACCCAUAAAACGGAAGGAGUUCUUCACUUUCUGGUACAUACCAAUAAUACCGCUAUACUGGGGGAAACAGCUACGGUGUAACAUCUGUAACUGGAGACAGGAUUUCAAGAACGAGGAGGAACUGAACAGAGUCGUCAACGAACAGAAGAAUUUCCAUAAUGGCAACAAUAACACUUCCAUCAAUGCAGAUAGUUACUAUCAAAAGUAA